AACACACACUGACACUCAAGCUGGUUUUAUGCUGAGAGCAGGAAACAACAUGGAUGAGCUCGAUUUGCUAUUGCAAGAGCUUGCCCUGAAUCCUACAGGUUCAGAGGGGGUCAGUGAAAACAGGAGGAGUGAUAAAGCGGAUGGAGAGGUGCCAGGCGCAGGUGGUGCUGGACUUAGCAGUAGCGAAAAAGACUCAGCCUGUUCAACUGUCUACAGUGUUCUCCCAGCUCCAGUGGCAGCUUCCUCGAACCCUGACUCACCCACUAAGGAGCUGGACUCCAUCUUGCAAGAUCUGAUGGGUUUGGGAGAAGGGGACCCAACGUCUUCAACAACCCCGCCACCACUUACACAAAAACAGUCAGUAAAAAGGAAAACAGAAGGUGGGCAACAGGAGAGCAAGGAGAGCGGGAGCAGCACAGCAGAUUCAGAUGCGAAGGCUGUGACCACGGCAAAGAAAACAGAUUCUAUAGAUGAUCUGCUAGGAGGUCUGAGCUCUGACUUGGAGAAGAUUGGUGUACGCACCACAGCCAAGGGCCACUGUGCUUCCUGCAACAAAUGCAUUGUGGGAAAGAUGAUCACAGCACUGGGUGAAGUGUGGCACCCUGAACACUUUGUGUGUGUAGUUUGUAAGACUGAGCUGAGCACCACGGGCUUCUUUGAGAGAGAGGGACAACCUUACUGUGACAGAGACUACCAUCACCUCUUUUCUCCUCGUUGUGCUUAUUGCAAGGGGUCCAUUGUGCAGAACAUCCUGACAGCCCUGGACCAGACCUGGCACCCUGAGCACUUCUUCUGUGCGCACUGUGGAGACCUGUUUGGAGCUGAAGGAUUCCUGGAGAAGGAUGGGAAGCCAUAUUGUUGCAAGGACUUCUACCACCUCUUUGCUCCAAAGUGCUCAGGCUGUGGGGAAUCAGUGAAGGAGAACUACCUGACUGCAGCCAAUGGCACCUGGCAUCCAGAGUGCUUCGUCUGCGCAGACUGUCUGAAGCCCUUCAGUGACGGCUGUUUCAUGGAGUUGGACGGUCGACCUCUCUGCUCGCUGCACUUCCACUCCAGGCAGGGCACUCUGUGCGGCGGCUGUGGUGAGCCCAUCAUGGGCCGCUGCAUCUCUGCUCUCAAUCGCAAGUUUCACCCUGAGCACUUUGUGUGCGCCUUCUGUCUGCGGCAGCUCAGCCACGGCAUCUUCAAGGAGCAGACAGGGAAGCCGUACUGCUCGACUUGCUUUAAUAAGCUCUUUGUGUGAGACGUGCAGGACAUAACACACAGAUAAUACAAUGGAGUCUAAUACUGGACCACUGCCGUUGUUGAGGUUAUAAUUUCCUCAUAGUAUGAAUGAUAAAUUAAAAUUCAGCAACUAUACUAUUCUUACAGUACAUUACUUUGUAGGACUGUAUUUGCAUCGGUACAGAUGAGCAAUAAACCUUUCACUUUUUCAGCA